UAAACUGACUUGGAGCCACAACACAAACACGACGAAGAAGAAGAAGAAGAAGAAGAAGAAGAAGCAGCAGAAGAAGAAGCAGAAGAAGAAACAGGAAGAUGAAGAAGGAAGCUGAUGGGGACAAAUCUUAGCAGCUUCUAUGCUCCGACUAAGGACCUCUGCAGAAGAAGAAAGUAGUUGUGAAAUUUCCCAGCUCAGACAAGCAGUGUUACAAAACAAUGACAGACUCCUUGAUGAGAUGCUCUGCCAAGAAGUCUACAAGAAAGUCAUCAACUGCAGAGGUGGCUGGGGCAUUGCAGGCACGCCUCUCCACGCCGCUGUGUCCAAAGGCCAUCUCAGCUGCCUGCAGGUCCUGCUGGGCCACGGUGCCCUGGUAGACUGCGUGGAUGUCAAGGCUCAGACGCCUCUCUUCGCAGCUGUUCGUGGGAAAUACCUGGACUGUGUCUUAGCGCUCCUCGGAGCUGGCGCCAACCCCAACGGGAACGCAACCAACAACUGCUCCCCUGUCCUGACUGCAGCUCGAGAGGGUGACGCGAAGAUAUUAAAGGAACUGCUUAAACGCGGCGCAGAGGUGAACUCCCGCUCGAAAGUCUUGCUCUGGUCUUCCAGCGCCCGGGUGUCCAGCGGGCCGCUGUACCUGGCGGCCGUUUAUGGACACAUGGAGUGUUUCAUACUGCUGCUCCUCUACGGGGCGGACCCAGAUUACAACUGCACGGAUGCAAAGCUGCUGAGUUCUAUCAAGCAGCCCAAAACUGUGCUGGAGAUGUGCCUCAGGCACGGCUGCGGCGUGGAGUACAUCCAGCUUCUGAUCGACUUCGGUGCAAACGUCUACCUCCCUACUCUGAUCAUCGAGAAGUCCACGAAGCAGAACGAGGCCGUGGAGCUGCUUCUGCAGGAAAGAGGAAAUCCAAAGGCCUUGACUUCACAGUGCCGACUCGCUGUCCGAGGAUACCUCAAGAAGAUCAACAAGAUCCACUGCAUCGAGCAGCUGGACAUGCCAACAAGUCUCGUCAACUUCCUGCAACACAAGCCUCUCCCUGCUCUGUAGCCACGUUCUGUACAUUUCAAUCUGUGAACCAUCUUUGUUUUAAACGACUUCUGUCCAAUCGUGUGCUUCUCUGUUCAGACUGAUGCUUAAGUCGAAACAUUAAAUGUGUGAAUAAGUGC